CUUUUGCGACGGACCGGAGCUGCUUUACGGCUUCUAACUUUCUCCGCGGUCUGAGGCAGACGCAUUGUGGUGGCAGUCUGCUGCGACGGCGCCGAAAUGAGGCAGAAACGGAAAGGAGACCUCAGUCCUGCUGAGCUGAUGAUGCUAACUAUAGGAGACGUCAUAAAGCAGCUGAUCGAAGCCCACGAGCAGGGGAAAGACAUCGAUUUAAAUAAGGUGAAAACCAAGACAGCUGCCAAAUAUGGCCUGUCAGCACAGCCGCGCCUGGUGGAUAUCAUUGCUGCAGUCCCACCUCAGUACAGAAAGGUCCUGGUCCCCAAGUUGAAGGCAAAGCCCAUCAGGACUGCCAGUGGGAUUGCGGUUGUGGCUGUGAUGUGCAAACCCCACAGGUGUCCACACAUCAGUUUUACAGGAAAUAUAUGUGUGUACUGCCCCGGAGGACCUGAUUCUGACUUCGAGUAUUCAACCCAGUCAUAUACCGGAUACGAGCCAACCUCCAUGCGAGCUAUCCGUGCUAGAUAUGACCCUUAUCUACAGACAAGACACCGGCUAGAACAGUUAAAACAACUUGGUCACAGUGUGGAUAAAGUGGAGUUCAUUGUGAUGGGUGGAACAUUUAUGGCCCUCCCAGAAGAAUACAGAGAUUAUUUCAUUCGAAACUUACACGAUGCCUUAUCAGGACAUACUUCCAGCAACAUUUACGAGGCAGUCAGGUAUUCGGAGAGGAGCCUCACAAAGUGUAUUGGAAUCACUAUUGAGACCAGACCAGACUACUGCAUGAAGCGGCACCUAAGCGACAUGCUGACCUAUGGCUGCACAAGGCUAGAGAUUGGGGUGCAGAGUGUCUACGAAGAUGUGGCCAGAGAUACCAACAGGGGCCACACUGUGAAGGCAGUAUGUGAAUCAUUCCACCUGGCCAAGGAUUCUGGUUUCAAAGUUGUGGCUCAUAUGAUGCCUGAUCUGCCAAACGUGGGACUAGAACGAGACAUUGAGCAGUUUAUAGAGUUUUUUGAGAAUCCUGCUUUUCGCCCUGAUGGUUUAAAGCUCUACCCAACUCUGGUGAUUCGUGGAACCGGGUUGUAUGAGCUUUGGAAAUCAGGAAGAUACAAGAGCUACUCUCCUAGUGACCUGAUCGAACUGGUGGCUCGGAUCCUAGCCCUUGUGCCUCCGUGGACGCGAGUAUACCGAGUACAGAGAGACAUUCCGAUGCCUUUGGUCAGCUCAGGAGUAGAGCAUGGCAACUUGAGAGAGCUGGCGUUCGCAAGAAUGAAAGACCUUGGGAUACAGUGUCGAGAUGUGAGAACCAGAGAGGUUGGAAUCCAAGAAAUUCAUCACAAAGUGCGGCCAUACCAGGUUGAGUUGGUAAGGAGAGAUUAUGUUGCAAAUGGUGGCUGGGAAACCUUCCUGUCCUACGAAGAUCCUGAUCAGGACAUUCUGAUUGGCCUCCUGCGGCUACGGAAGUGCUCAGAGGAAACCUUCCGCUUCGAGUUAGGUGGCGGGGUGUCCAUAGUCCGUGAGCUACACGUGUAUGGCAGUGUGGUCCCUGUGAGCAGCCGGGAUCCCACGAAAUUCCAGCAUCAGGGAUUUGGCAUGCUGCUGAUGGAAGAAGCAGAAAGAAUAGCUCGGGAAGAACAUGGCUCUGGGAAGAUUGCAGUUAUAUCAGGGGUCGGCACCAGGAAUUACUACAGAAAGAUCGGCUACAGGUUACAAGGCCCAUACAUGGUAAAGAUGCUGAAAUGAUGGUCGUGCCAGUCCUUCAGCAGUAUCCUCCUGGCAGAAGACAGGAAACCAGGAUUUCUUGAACACUCAGCAGAGAUGCUGAGCCAAGCUGGCAGACCUUCUCUGUCUCCUGGUGAGGACCUUUGCCAUCACCCUGCGGCUGCUGGGCCACGUUCACAGGACUGCUGCCCAAGCCUGUAGCCACCCUCUCCAUGUGUGGCCAUAAAGUCAUUUUGGUUUUUGAGGCUUAAAUCAUUUGCCCAAUUCUAGAUUCUGCAUGAGGGCUGCAGUUGAUCCAUUUGACUCAGACACUGUGACAAUAACAGAUCACUUCAUCUGGACAUCAUCACUCGUGAAAUAAGACGUGUAACUCAUUCAAGGGGCAACCUCAGCAGGAGCUAUUUGUAAAUAAACUCUGGGGAUGAAAGCCAGGCUGAAGUAUGUAUGGGAAAGCUGUUGACCCUGGCUCUGGCUUUUAAGUAUAUAUGUGUUUGCCCUCAAGAAAUCGAGCUUUUGUUUAACUGGAAAUCGUUCUGGUUACUGUACCAAUGUUUUGAAAUAGCACUGUGUGGAAAGGGGCGUCGUCUAGGUUAUGUUAAUAAGCUUCACAGCAGCAAUCACCAGCCGUCUGUGGCAAGUCUGCCUUGAGCCUGGCCGUCACAGAGCCUUCGUCUCAUAGUUGUCUGCACUUCCCACAUCCCUGACGCCUGCAGAGCAAUGGCAGUGCCCACAGGUAUGCCGGGUAAGCACCAGACUGCCCUGUCCAUCUGUCCUGCACAGGCAGAGGGUGGUGCACACAGCUGGAGCCAAGCAGCCUUGCAUGUGAACAGUGUAAGGUGGACGUUGAUGUGUUAAGUGGAGACAGGUAAGAGGAGUUCAACCAGUAGUGAAAGCAAAAAGUGGGGAAACGGGUCCAGAUCUAAAAAUCGGAACGAGAUUGAUUUUUCCUGGGUUGGCACCAUCCUGGUUCACUGAGGAGAGCCAGCCUGCAGAGGGUCAGUCCCCAGUGAGAGCUGGCCUCACCUGGGUCCCUGGGCAUCCACAGUUCACAACCACUGGUCAAGGGAAGCCUUUCCUCCAAAGGUCUGGAAAAUUAAAAGUCUUUAACCUACAAAAAUAGUUGUUGAAGCUGUUUUUAUUUUUUAUUUUUUGAUGCCUUAUAUCAGUGACAAGUGUCGUGAAUUUACAGGUUUCACUUUCCAGCCUGUGACAGUGUUCGUUUCCUCCUGGGUGUCGUUUGCCAUUUCAUUAAGCUGCGAAAGGCAAACAGCAGUGGCUUACGGGCGCAGUGUGGCACUCCAGUGGCUUUCCAAGAGUGUAGCAAAGGGAAUUUAGCUAUUUCUGGGCUAUAUUUUUUUUUCACUACAAACAUAAAACUAUUAAACUAAUAAAGCAUACAUGCCCUGGCAGUCACACACACAGUACAGGAGACAGGGCAUGCGGGACCGGAGCGCCCACGUCCAUCCGGGCCAGCACACGUGCCUUGCUUUCCCUAAACAAGUCACAGCUUACAACAAAGUCACAGCUUACAACAAAGUCACAGAGAACUAUAUGUACAUGCACCAUUCAUUUUAAAAGAUGACAGCUUUGAGCAAAAAAGUCUAAAACAUAAGUGUCGGGAUCUCUGUCACCCUCCUCUUGCAUGGUCAUCUCAGUUGGUGUCUCAGCCUGGGUUCUGAGAGGCCCCUUCCCAGCUCACCCUCAGCCCAUCUUGGCGUGCAUCCCUGGCAGCCACACAAAUACUAAUUCCCCAUUUGCCUUCUCAUUGCUGGGACAAAACACGACCAGAAGCAGUUUAUGAAAGGAAAGGAUCUGUUUCUGGCUUACAGUUUUGACAAGUCUCGCCAUGGUGGGAAAACAUGGCAGGAGCCAACAGCAAGGUGUCCCAUCUUCGCAGCACAGAGGAGGUAGCACAGUGUGGCCAGGGAGCCAGGUUCGAACACCGCGUGGCCCGCCCCCAGCCACACACUUCCUCCGGCAAGGUUCCACUUUCCAACAGCUCCACAGCCUUGUUGAAAAGCACUAACUAGGGAUUAAAAGUAUUCAAAUACAUGAGGCUGGGCAGGAGUGCAUGUUUCAUCGAAACCACCACACAUGUCAUAGUGCCUAUUGCUUUCUCCCACUAGAAGCCCAGCUUCUGCAGGUUGUCAGAACUCUUCUUAGCCUGUGUGGAACUUGGCCACAGCCACAUCCUGGCUGGAGCAGUCCUUCCAAGACCUGUGCUGUUCAGGCCAGGCCAUGUCUUAAAAGAGAGAGCUGGGCCUGUUCUCACCCUCUUGGUUUCUGACCCACACUGAGCGGCACCUUAGCUGCAGCCUGAGCACAGCCAGGCAGCUCUGUGGAAUUCAGCUUCGGGCUGAACCACCUGAAGACAUAAACAUUCAUGCCACAUCACACACACACUGACCUUUAUCUGAAUAGAAAUAAGACAUUGAAAUGCAUUGUCACAGGGCUGGAGAGAUGGCUUAGCGGUUAAGGCGUUUGCCUGCAAAGCCAAAGAACCUUGAUUCGAUUCCCCAGGACCCACGUAAGCCAGAUGCACAAGGGGGCACAUGCAUCUGGAGUUCGUUUGCAGUGGCUGGAGGCCCUGGUGCAUGCCUAUUCUCUCUCUCCCUCUCUCCUCCCCCGCCCCCUUUCUCUCAAAUAAAUAAAUAAAAAUAAAGUUAAAAAAAAUACAUUGUCACCAAGUGGAGGGCUAGGUAUAGCUCAUUGUUUCUCAGAGUGGGAAAUCAAUGGGCUCCUUUUCUGCUUUCCACCCCUACUGUGUCAAGAGUCCCAAACAAAGCCCGGUCUUUGUUAAUGUCUUUUACAGUGUACAUUGUCAUUGCCAAAGAUGUUUGGGGGAUUGUGUGAAAAUACACUUCAUUCUUUUUUGAAAGUUGAA